AACUGUAGAAAGUUUUGCAUCUUGUUCAUCAUUUUUGACUUUGUGUUAAUUGAUUGAUGUUAUCUUGUGCUGGCUAUUUUGUGUGACAUAAGCGAAGAGGCAGUUGAACAUUGAAAAGCUGGGCUCGUCAUGGUGAAGGAAAUAAAAGAAUUUGGAUCAUGGUCAGAGCAAACAAGUUCUUCGGGAAGAAAAUAUUUUUAUAAUCGUGAUACGGAGGUGUCACAAUGGGAAAAACCAAAAGAGUGGAGAGAAUACGAGCAACGAUUAGCCGAACAAGAACGAUUGGCUGCUGAACAAGAGCGGCUGCAGCAGCAGGUCCAACAGCAACAUGCUGUCGUUCCCCCACCACCAAUGUUCAUGACGCCACCGCCAUUCGCGUUUCCUCCUCCAUUUGCUCCUCCGGGAUUUGCGGUUCCCCCGAUGAAUGCACCUCCACCUCCAUUUCCUCCAUAUAAUCAAUUUCAACCACCGCCUAAUAUACCGUAUCCUGUUCCACCCAGAGUUAAUGCCACGAUUAGCACACCGAUUAAUACAUCGUUUCCUCCUCCGCCACAUCCUCCUGCAGCGCCAUCUCCUCGAGUUACGCAAAGUAUACCACCGCCACUAAUUCCACCCUUAGUAAAUGUCUCAAGCAUACCACCAACGGCGCAGGUCAACGCUCAUUUCUCUCCGAUGCAGUACACUGCACCCCCUCCUGCAACAGGUCCCGUACCGCUCCACAGCGUCAACCCACCGAUUGCAGUUCCACCACCGCUAUUUCCAUCCAUACCACCACCUUGCACCACGACAGCGCCACAUCACGAUGGACAUUCUGUACAUGUUGUACAACCAAGUCGAGCACAACAGCAGCCGCAAACUUCUCAGCCACCGCCCCAGCAGCAUUCGCAUAGCUCUUCGCAUCCGGCGCCAUCUUUCUCCAGAGAUCGAGUGCACGUAGAGAAGUCACCUCGAAUGUCUGGAACUCCACCAGGUGGCCAGUCCCAUCAGCGACAUGGAAAUGCGCAAGCAUCUCAGCAGCAGAAUACUCCAACGCAAGUGAAAGUUGAGCCAGCGGAGGCGACGACUGUGAAGAAAGAGCCGAAGGAUAAAGUGGAAGAGUCGUCGGAGAGGAUAACACCUAAUAGGAAUCGUCAAAGCACGGAGACACCUACACGAGCAGGUCCUGUGAAGAGAGAACGUGCAAGCAGCGAACACGCUGAAGACGUAUCGCCAUCUCCUUUGACGGAGGAGGAAGAUAAGAAGCCGCCAGCUAAGAAAACGAAGGAAGAGGAUGCAGCAACAUCGUGGCGAACGUUUUAUAAUGCCGAUCUUGCUCGACAAAAGGAAGCUGAGCUCAAUCUGGACAUCGAUCCUGAAAUGCGUGACCUUGUGGCUCAAUCGCUUACGUUAGAGAACAAAUUAGUGGCCGAGCUCAUCAAAAUGAAAACGGCUGCAGCACUUGUUGCUGUACAAGAGAAUGAGGUUGCCAUAUGUAACGCGAAAAUUCAAAGUUUAAGAGAAAUGAGAAAUGAUCUUGAAAACCGACAAUCCCGUCUAAUGGCUCCAGCUGUUGUCACGAUGCCAGACUUGAACUCGCGGGCUUGAUAGUUAGGACCUUCCUAUUGAUUAUGUUUACUUGGAAAUAAGUUAAUUUAUCUUUAACGGGUAUACGUGACCGUAGUAUAGUUUAUCAAAUGUUUGAAAUUUGUCUUGUCGGAUAUGUAUGUAUGAGUACUUUUUAAUUACUUUUUGACUUUAUCCAGUUACUGGUUUUAGGGAAUGAAAUCUGUA